UUUAUGUCGAAUUCUCUUUUCAAGUCAAAACGCCGAGUCGUUGCUCAAAAAUCAUAGUUUUUAUCACGUGUUCCAAACACGUUUUUAUGUCAAUCCGGUCAAUCGUGGGAAGGAUGACGGGAACCUUGUGAAGGAAACGUAGGGUAAACGGACUAAUUAGCGAAAAUCACAGUGUGCGAAAAUGCAAGAGCCGCAGCAUGUCGCGAACGUGUGUCAGGGCGAAUUUUACACCGCCGCCGCGAAAUAUUGGGACCGCAUCCCGCCCACGGUGAACGGGAUGCUGGGCGGCUUUGGAUUUAUCUCGCAGACUGACAUAAAAGGCUCUACGCUCUUCUUAAAAUCUCUCUUCGAGUUAGAAAAUCCACCUUCCAAAGCGUUUGCUCUUGACUGCGGUGCUGGUAUUGGUAGAAUUACGAAGAACUUAUUAUUGAAAUUUUUUAAACACAUAGACCUCGUUGAACAAAAUCCAAAGUUUCUAGAAGUAGCAAAGAUCUCCUUGGAAAACUGUUCGUCGAGAAUCAACCAAUAUUAUCCUAUUGGAUUGCAAAAUUUCUGCCCUACGGCAAAGAAGUACGAUCUUAUAUGGUGUCAAUGGGUAUUGGGACAUUUAGAAGACGACGAUUUGAUAGAAUUUUUUAGAAAGUGCUCAUUGGGCUUGAAAGAUAACGGUGUACUAGUGGUGAAAGAAAAUGUCACAACCUCAAAUAAAAUAGAAACUGACAAGGAAGAUUCUUCCGUAACGAGACCGUUGAAUACUUUGCGGUCUUUAUUCGAAAAGGCCGAUCUUAUUUGCAUCAAGGAACAACAACAGACUAAAUUCCCACGCGGCUUAUAUCCAGUUUAUAUGUUUGCCCUUAGAUCAAGAAAUCAGUAAACCAAUAACGCGCAAUAUACAAAACUAAAUAUCUGAAUACUGUAUAUUCUUAGAGGUCUAAAUUAUUUUAUUUAAUUUGUAUUUUCUCAAAAAUAUGUUAGUUUCCUAAGUGUAAUUUUUUCAAGAA